AUGGCCCAAAGAGAUGCUCGUUUCAACCAGCAUGUCCUGGUGGACACCACCCCCAUGCCGGACCACAUCCCCAAGGUCGAGGAGAUUGGCGCCACAUCUGCACCCCUGUUCAGUGCAGCCUACUUCAUCGGCGACCGGUGCAAGGCCUUCAACGACGACUACAUGAAGUGCAAGGAAGAGGCGAACGGUCGCGGCGAGAUUGAGUGCUUGAAGGAGGGACGCAAGGUUACGCGCUGUGCUGCUAGCGUCAUCAAGGAUAUCAACACCCACUGCCUAAAGCAGUUUAAGGAGCACUGGGAGUGUCUCGAGAACAACAACCACUACCUCUUCGAGUGCCGUAAGCCCGAGCAGGCGCUGAACAGCUGUGUUUUCGACAAAUUGGGCCUCAAGAAGACCAUCCCCGGUGCCCCCGAAGGCGAGGUCCCCGUGCACCUGCGCCCGAAACAGAAGUACGCCCAGUUCCCAGGUCGGCAGUACUAA